UGUGGUAAACAGUGCAAACUUGGUUCCUUCCUUCGUUUGCCUCUGUGCGCUUUGGCGUGUCUUUCGUUAUGCGUUUUCUAAUCGCACCUCGCAUCUUGCCCCGUUGUGUUCCCCGUUACUUCGACCGGAUGGCACAUUGAACCCGUUCGAUUGUAUUCCGUUUGUGUACUCCGGGUAUAGGGGCUUCUACUGCGAAUGCUCCAUUUUGUUCGCCAUCCCCCAAUACGAUUUUCCGCUGUUCUGUGGUCGGACGUGCGUCCGCUCCAUUCCAUUCCGGGCAGGCGAGUGUGUUGCUGAAUGCAGUUUAGCGUACCAAUUGUGCAUACAGUCGACCAACGUCAAUAGAAUAGUGAUGCAGCUUGCACCGGUUGAUCGAAAAAAGGCAUCAUUAAUUUGCAAGUUCAAUUUACCCUCGUGCAAGUGGCGGUGCACUGGGUAGACGUAGCAGUUAGCUGCGUUGCCCUGUGGAUGCUGGGAGCACAUGCUUGCGAAGCAUGCUGUGUGUCUGAAGGUGUUGAGGCUAUGAUAAAAGACGGCGCUAGAUCACAAUUUCAUCAAAGAAAGAUCAUCGAUAAUUUAGUGCGAGAAUCACAUUCAUCAUCAAUCAGGUCAUCCAGCUAUGAUUGGAAAAGAUUGAAUCUAAGCAGCCUGGAAAUUGAAGCAGAAGACAACUUCUCUGCAAUAUCCUUUUUCAACGAUCAACCUUUAACUAAUACCCGCAGCAAAAAUGGAGGACAGCAUCAUAAGCAUGUUUAUGGAUGUUAAGUUGGACAUACGCGAGAGGAAGCUGGAAUUUUCACACAUGAAGUCCUGGUCGCGAUACUUUGUGCGAGUGGAGGCCGUGAAAUGUUUUCCGUGCUACAUGCGAAUCUCAUUUUUCUCCUCCCCCACUGACCUGACGACCGAUCUGAUCGUGCGCAUCAACAUUCCCGGUCUAACGGUGCAGAUGGCCACGUCGCGCACGAAACAACACUCGUACGGUCUGUUCUGGAAGAACAAUCGCAAACGGUGCUGCGCCUACUUUGCGCUCGAAACGCAGCUACUUUGCGAACGUCACCUGCGUUGGAUGAAAAAGUCCAUCCGCAACCUCGAACUGUACCGGCAGGAGAUGAUGCAGUUGCGGCGAGCCAGCCGGACACCGUUGUACGAGAUACGGCAGGAAAUGCAACCGAUCGAUCCGGUACACGGCUCGGUGGGGUCACCAGCAAACGUUAUCUGGGACGACAUGGGAAUCUACCAGAAUCUGGACAACACGCAAAACAUUAUGGGACUGCAGGAUAUUCUUGGCCCACUGCCAAGCGUACCGCCAGCGACGGAUAGAGCUGAUGGAAAUGGCAGUGUCAAUUGUUCGCGACGCGUCUCCGGAAUGUCGGGAAUAUACGAGGAAAUUCGCGAUCAUCCGCGCCUUUCGAGAGUAUCGAUUGCCUCCGGCAUCUACGAGGAAAUGAAACUGGUGGUUGAUGGGAAGGACACUUCAACUUCAAACCCAACGCAGGUCAAUGAAAAUGUGUCCGAUUCUCCACCACCGCCCCUUCCACCUCGACCGCGAUCGAACACCAACGAAGACUUUGACCUGCAACGUUCCUUCACAACUCCCGAGGUGGAUCUGAUGAAGAAAAAGCGCCACUGGCUGCGGUUGGAUACGAUGUUCGGGCGAAGGCGCACCACAAGCACUGAUUCGCAGGGUUCCGGCACGAGCAAAAAGCGUUGCUGUAGCUCGAAGGAUGGGAAAGGGCGACCAAAACUACUCUCCUCCGAAGAAAGAAUGGCAGAAACAGCGAGAAAGGAUGCACCAGAAGUCGUAAUCCAUCGAGGCAAGGUCUCGCGGUUGCGAUUGGCGGAGAAUAAACGGAACAGCUUUUCCAGUCCGGAUUUAAGCCGGCUUAAAAUAGACGACACCCAGCAGCAUGAACCAGGAGUCGAACGGGUGUGUGACGAAUCGUUCGAGAACCUCUCCGAAGGUGACGGGUCGUGUACGUCAGAGUUUUACGCUCCACAGCACGACAUCGACUUCAUCGAGGAGGAUUUUGCGUCCUCGGAGUUUAUCAACAUGUCCACCACGUCGUCCCUGGGAGCGGCGAACUCGGGUGAAUUCGAACGGCGCCACGAGCAGGAUGAGCUGGAUCCUUUGCGUGACUUCCGUCGCUUGAACAUAUCGGAGCGGAUCUUCGAAAGCUUCAAUCGUUCGAUGAAUUCCUCCACGGUGAAUCUCGCUGGAGCCGGUUGCAACACGUCGACUAUAGAAGAGACCAUCGAACCGGACUCAAACCCAACGCGAGUUUCCCCGGCACCGCUCAGCGAUGCAGAUAUGGUGGGAUAUCUGGAGAUGGGUCCAGUCGGAACGGGUUUCAAUCGUCAGAAGCUGGAUGAGGUUAUAUAUCGCAACCAACCGUUACAAAAUGCUAGUACUCCAUGUGGAGCAGUAGAUUUAGGUCCCAAAGUGAUCGAAGAGUCGAUCUACAUGUCGAUGGACGGUACGGGAAAGCUGCCGGAACCGAUUCGAUCGAGUUCCACAAGUAGUAGUAGCAGCAGCAGCAGCGGCGUUAGCAGUGCGAGUGACCAUAGCACCCUAACCGAAGGUUCCACAAAAUAUCGGAACUCGGUGGACGAUAAGAUCCCUUCUUACUACCCCAAUGAAGAUUUUGUUCGAACUCCGAACCAUAAGUCGUCUGUUGAUGUAAAGCGUUCUCCCAGUCAGACGCGGGAUAAAAUUGUGACACCGAUUUCAACCCCGGUAGCGACCACAUUGCCCCGUACGAUCAAAUCGGUUCAACGUGCGCCAGCCGAUAGUACAACUGCAAUGCAGGAUCGAAUCCAUGCCACUUUCCGUACACCAAAAGCCGCCUGCAACCGGCGGGCAUACCCUCGAAACGUUCUUCAACUACCUGAACACACGGCAGCCGAAUCCGCACCGGAAAGCUCCGGCAGCCGUGAGUCGUCUCCGAAAUUGUACCAAAAGUAUGCGACCCUAGCGAGAAUCACUUCCCCCAGCAAGUAUUCUGCCAGGUCGAAGCCGGAGGUGGAUGGUUCAUCCGUCGAGUUCGGUCCGAUCCCAGCAAUAACGACUACACCGGUUACAAGUAGCCGGCGGUUCGGUUCGUUGCCUCGCUUCGGCAAGAUCGAUCUUUCACCACUGAGGAUGAAAAUUAACAGUGUUCUUCAACGGCACAACUCUGGCAAUUUGUAAACCUCGAAAGGAAGCCAUUAACGGAACAGAACUGAACGCGCGAAAGUAUGAAUCUCUACCGAAUCUAGAUAACCCGAUCUCACCGAUUUUAUUCUAACCGGAAAAGGAAAUUCUGGCGGACGGAGAUACCGAGAGCGAGAUUCCUCUCGUAAUAACGCUUCUUCUGUGUGCAACGUGUGUGAUGCUUAGUACUAGAACUGCUCAAAUUGUUAUCCUAAACUGGUUCGUUUUUAAAAGCUGUUUCUUUUUAAGUUUGCCUAGCUUUAAGUAAAACUACGAAGAAUCUCUAAUGCACACGCGCCAGUGUCGGUUGAAUUUUAUCUAUGACACGCUGCUGCUCAAAACGCCUCUAGCUUUCACUUUGCCUUUGCAUGAUCAACCGACGAUCACACUUGUGAGACAGUGAGAAAACAAAAGUGUAGGUAGGUUAGGUACAACUAGGAGGCAUAAUGCCGGAAUAGAGAAUUUCUCAAAAGUAAAUCAAGCUAGCCAUUUCCCUUAGCAAAAUCGAAUGGUGCUUUGCAGUUGCAACUGUGUGGAAGAUUGAAGUUUUUAAGCUUACAUCCCGAACAUAUCUUGCUAGCAUAAUGUCAUAUAAUGUGUAGCGGUUCCAAAAUUAUACGAAAUUCAUAUCAGUUAAGGCAUAUUAAAAAACACACACACACAUCACAACUCAAAAUGCUCAGGUCAAAAUUUAGUAAAAAUAUAGAAAAUAUUUCAAAACACCGACUUUAAAUUAAAAAAAAAACUCCUGAUUUUAGGAAACAGAUUCAGCUGAGGCAAAACAUGUAACAAAAUUCCAGACAAAAACUGUGAUUUUCUCUGAUACUAGUUGCAAAACAGUCGGGGAAAUAAACUGCUCAUAUUCAUCUAGAAUAUACUAUGAAGAAAUCUACGAAAUCAAAUGAAAAGAGCAUAAACCUAGAUAAAUAAUGGCGUUAGGAUAGCGUCAGAUUUUAAACGAAAUAUACCUUCCAUCAUAUCAUAUUGUAAUCGUGUGUGCAAACAGAAUUGUAAACAGGCUUCGGAACAGCCUUCGAAAGUGAGCGAAUUUGUGUGUGCUUAAAAUACUGCCAUGCCUGCCUGAUAUAAAAUGUAUCGAUCGUACAAAAAGCAAUUAACCCACCAAGCGGUGUAACCUUUUCAAACACCGACUGGGA